GACAAAACUGAGAAACAAAAUGAAGUAAAACAAGAUGGCGUUUGGCGGAGAAGACGUUACUGUGGCCAUUAUAUUACUGUGUUUUUAAUCGUUACAUACAUGUACACAUAUAUGAUGUUUGAUAGAGUAAAAAUCAUUAAUAAUUGUAUUCGGAUACAUUAGUCUGAGCGCACUCUGAAGCUCCUCGUCCUAGCUUAGCUUGCUAGUUAGCUUAGCUUGUUAGCUGCUAAACUGAGACGUGGAAGUUACCAACACAUCGCUAAGCAGAGAUCAAGUGUGAGUGUAAAGUGUUGUGAUUGUGUGAAAAUGUGCGAAAGACCGAUAGCAGAGUACGAGGAGGAACUUUGUCCAACGAAAGAAGAGAAGAAGCGACGACAUCAACUACUGGACGCUGUUUUCAAGAAGCAUCAAGUUGUGUUACACAGAACAGACAUCCAACAGCGAAUUGGACAUCGAGAAGAAUGUGUCACUCAAAUGCAAGUGAGCAGCUUACCUUUGGAGCAGAAGGUUCCACAGCCCCCACAUUUUAAAGAGGAAGAAGAGGAGCCACAUCCACUUCAUGUUGAAGAGGAGGAGCCAUAUUCCUUUCAAGUUAAAGAGGAAGAGAAAGAACUCUGGAUCACUCAGGAGGAUGAGUGUCUUUUAGGGCAAGAGGAAGCUGGUCUCACUAAGUUUCCACUGACUGUUGUCUCUGUAAAGACUCAAGACCGUGAAGACAAACCACCUGAGUACUCACAGCUUCAUCAUCGUCCAAGUGAAGAGAAGAGAGAGGUGGAGCCUCCAUGCAACAGCUCAACUCAACAUAUGACCACAGAAACAGAUGGAGACCACUGUGGAGGAUCACAAGCGGACAAGCUCUUAGCUCCACUAUCAGAUAGUGACGACAUAACAUCAGACGUUCAUGUAAAUAUGGAAUCACACAUGAGAAUACACACGGGAGAAAAACCCUUCAGUUGUUCAUUUUGUGGUAGACAAUUCUCUGUAAAAAGUAAUAUGAAAUCACACAUGAGAACACACACAGGAGAUAAACCCUUUGCUUGUUCAGUCUGUGCAAAAGGGUUUCUUUUAAAAUGUAAUUUGACUCGACAUAUGAGAACACACACAGGUGAAAAACCUUUCAGUUGUUCAGUUUGCUGUAAAAAAUUCUCUCUCAAAGGCCACGUGCAAACACACAUGAAAACGCACACUGGAGAAAAACCUUUCGGUUGUCCAGUUUGCUGUAAAACAUUCUCUCUCAAAGGUCAUAUGCAAAUACAUAUGAGGACACACACAGGAGAAACUCCCUUUCGUUGUUCAGUUUGUGCAAAAGGCUUUGUUAAAAACUUUAACUUGUCUAAGCACAUGAGAACACACACAGGAGAUAUACAAUUCAGUUGUAUUGUGUGUGGUAAAGGUUUCACCGACAAAUAUAGUUUUCAAAGACACAUGAGAACACACACAGGAGAAAAACCUUUCAGUUGUUCAGUGUGCGGCAAAAGAUUUUCUGACCAAAGUAAUAUUCAAUCACACAUGAGAACGCACACAGGACAAAAACCUUUCAGCUGCUCAGUGUGUGGUAAAAGAUUCUCGGACAAAAGUAAUAUACAAAAACACAUAAGAAUGCACACAGGAGAAAAACCUUUCAACUGUUCAGUGUGUGGUAAAAGAUUCUCUGACAAAAGUAAUAUGCAUUCACACAAGAGAACACACACAGGAAAAUAACUUUUCCUUUUUUGGAAGUCCUCUUUGAGUGGAAUUAUAAGUUGUAUUCAGUCAAGUGACUUUAUAACGGAAGUAAACAAAGUGGUGGGCCUACAUGGCUACUGUGUAGCAAACAGAGUGCAAACUAACAGAGAAAGCAAGCGGCCUACAUUUUAUCACUAAAAGCAUAUACGAGCAAAAAAAUCUAAAAAAAAAAAACAACAACUAUGCAAUGGAAUAAAUCCCUAUACUUUAUCAAAAAAAGAUGUGUCGAGUGAAAUCAAGGAUUAUACAUCGGUGAUGUUCCCAGACAUUUGAAACAAUUGUGCUCCAAACAUCAUUCUACACAACAAAACAGAUGGAAACUUAGAAAAGCAUGAAUGUAUACUACUUUCUUGUGUGUGUCGAGUGAAAUCAAGGAUUAUACAUCGGUGAUAUUCCCAGACAUUUGAAACAAUUGUGCUCCGAACAUCAUUCUACACAACAAAACAGAUGGAAACUUAGAAAAGCAUGAAUGUAUACUACUUUCUUGUGUGUGGCUAAGUCAAGGACGUUGUUGGUACCAAGACUCUCCCUGAUAAAUAUGUAUUGUUUUUGCCGGGGUAAGAUUGCAUUUCAUGAUUUAACUUCACCUCUACUGCCAAGUUUGUUGUUGUUGUUGCACGCACUGUUUACGAGUAACAUGUUUUUUUUAAUCAAAAUAUAACUAUAGAUGUCAACAUUGUGUAUGUGCUGAAAGAUUAAUUUAUUAUUGUUUAUCAAAAUAUAACUAUAGAUGUCAACAUUGUGUAUGUGCUGAAAGACUAAUUUAUGAUUGUUUAUCAAAAUGUCAACAUUGUAUAUGAGCUGAAAGAUUCAUUUGUGACUGUUUAUCAAAAUAUAACCAUAGAUGUCAACAUUG